GAGAGGAGGAGGCAUAGAGAGAGUGCAGUCACAGGCAGAGCGAUCGCCGACGCGAGUGGUCCUCCGUUGCUGUUCUCUCGUUUUUUUUCUUUUCUUCUUCCUUUCCCUCGUUCCCUUCUUCCUCCUCAUUUCCUCGAGGGAAGCAAAGAGUUUUUCCGUCUCUCAUCCGGAGGAGAUAAUUAACUCCGCUAAACCAGGAAGAGAAUACGAAUACUCACUGAAUCCGGGGAAAUGGAACACUGCCAGCUCCUCCGUCAGAGUACAGGGAAUUCCCAAUGAGAGACUGGGAAUAGCGGUAUUCCAGAGCAGGGAACAGGUGGGAUCUUAGGGAGGGAGCUGGACCUGAACUAUUGCUCCCACUGUCGGAUAGAGACUCCACUGAUCUCUCCUCUUAUAGAUAGGAGCGUCAGGAUUCAGAAAGACCACACGGACACUUCCCAACACAUUGACUGUGUCCCAUUAUCCCACUCUUUUAUUCCAGCUGCUAAGACUGUUUGCUUACUGGGAGGACAGCGUCAGCUUAACUGCUUGAGUGUGGUCGGACAUUACCGUGUGUGUGUGUGUGUGUCUGAGACUAUUUGGUGCCCCGGAGGAAGAUGCCUGCCAUUCUGCUGGCCUCUAAGAUGAAGUCGGGACUGCCCAAGCCGGUGCACAGCGCUCUGCCCAUUCCACAGGUGCCCUCGCGACCCCUCACCCUGCCCCUACCACUGCCCGUGCCCCUCAAGCCCUCCGACAGACACGUUCUCACGGUGGGCCCCCAGGGGGGCUCGGGACACCACCAGGGGCGCCCCAAAACCAGGCGCGCUCCAGCGACAGACGGUGGUAUUGACACUCAGAUCUAUACGGAUUGGGCCAACCACUACCUAGCCAAGUCAGGACACAAGCGACUUAUCAAGGACCUGCAGACGGACGUCACAGACGGAGUGCUGCUGGCGGAGAUCAUACAGGUUGUCGCCAAUGAGAAGAUUGAAGACAUCAAUGGCUGCCCUAAGAGUCGUUCUCAGAUGAUUGAGAACAUUGAUGCCUGCCUCCGUUUCCUGGCAGCCAAAGGAGUCAACAUACAGGGCCUGUCUGCAGAGGAGAUCCGGAAUGGGAAUCUGAAGGCCAUUCUGGGGCUCUUCUUCAGCCUGUCUCGCUACAAGCAGCAGCAGGCCCACCGCCAGUACUCCCAGCCCCACCUUAACCCCCAGCCCCAGAGCCCUCAACCUCCCCUGAUCCAGCAGACCGACGCCCCUGCCCAGCUCAGCAGCCACCCUGUCCCCCCUACGCAUGAGACUCCGGCCCCCACAGCACAAGCAGCCCAGAAAACAGCACAGGCCGAGAUGCAGUCCAGACUUCCAGGCCCGAGUGCGAGGGUGUCCACUGCUGGCAGUGACAUCACACCUCGCGGGUCGGUUGGUGCCGCCGGCAACCGGCGAAGUCAGGGCUUCACAGACAAGACCAAACCAGCCUCUCACAAAGAACCCUCGGAGGGCAUGACUUCACAGACUCCGGUAAUGACUGAGCAUGCUCCGUCGUCCCCAGCGGCCGUCUGCACUUCCGCCAACAGCGCCUCUACCUCGGCUCCCAUCCCUCCAGCCUCCUCCUCCUCCUCGGCCAUCCCCCACCCCAACUCCAGCAGCAAGCCCUGGAGGAGUAAGUCUGUGAGCUCCAAGCACACCACCUCCUCAGCCAUGCUCUCUGUCAAGCAGGAGAAGGAUGCCUCCUCUAAGGCCUCCUCGUCCACCGAGCCCCCCCCUAAAGUCAUCCAACAGAAGUCUAUGCUGGAGAAGCUCAAGCUGUUUAACAGCAAAAGUGGAUCUAAGUCCUCGUCCUCCAGCACUCAUGGGGCUCAAGCGGACUGCGGUGCCCCCGCCCGGCAGCUCGGGGCUGGUGGAGUGGAGAGGGCAGAAGCAGGGUCCAACACCGACUCCCUGGAGGAGGCGGAGGGGAACGCCCGUCCCGGCGUCAACGGGACCGGUAACGGGACGACCCACGGUGUGGCCCCAACCCAUGUUCCUACCGUCGCCACAACAACCAGCAGCCCCAAGAUCGCACUGAAGGGAAUCGCUCAGCGCACGUUCAGUAGAGCUCUGACCGCUAAAAAGAGCUCAGUGAAAGGACUGGAGAAGGAGAAAGAGAAGGAGAGGGGGAAGGAGAAGGAAAGAGGGAAAGAGGCGGGGAAACACAUCUCCACCACAGAGAGGAUGGAACUCAGGGGGGAGGAGCCUAAGGAGGAAGCGACUACAACUGUCGCAAUGGAAACGGAUCCCUCUUCCAAUAAGAGGACUUCUAAAAUCGCCAGUUUCAUACCCAAAGGGAGCAAAGUGGCCAAGAAGGAGAGUUCUGUCCCUGCACACAGCGGCAUACCAAAGCCAGGGGGUAAAACCUCAGGGGUAGGGGGGAAGGCCCCCUCAGCAGGGGGGAAGGAGGGUGGGGAGCGUCCCCGGAGCAUGCGGUUAGGGGGGGGUCUGGUCCUGCACCGCGGACACCUGGACAAGGACAGGGACAGCAGACACUCUAGCUCCACCUCUAGUCUGGCUUCCACAGAGGGCAAGGCCUCACAACAGGGCAACAGCGCCGCCCCGGUGGUGGAAGGUGGAAGUGGUGGCGCCACACAGAGCACAGCCUGCAACACAGUCAGCGUCCAGCUACCUCAGCCCCAGCAGCACCACAGCCACCCCAAUACAGCCACCGUAGCACCCUUCAUGUACAGGUCACAAACGGACGUGGACGGUAUCAUGGCGACAGAGGCAGGGUCAGGAGGAAUGGGCGGAGAAAACGUUCCCUUUAAAACCAGCCAGUCAUCCAUUGAGGACCUUUCAGCAGAAGAUCCAGAGACACGGCGGCUGCGGACUGUUAAAAACAUUGCAGAUUUGCGCCAGAACCUGGAAGAGACUAUGUCCAGUCUACGGGGGACUCAGAUCUCACACAGCACCUUGGAGACAACCUUUGACAGCAACGUCACCACGGAGAUCAGCGGUGGCGGCGGGAGUGGGCGGAGCAUCCUCAGCCUCACUUCCUCUCGGCCCUCCCUGUCGUCAUGGCGACUGGGCCAGUCCAGCCCUCGUCUGCAGGCGGGGGACGCCCCCUCCACGGGGAACGGUUACGGGGGUCGUGCCUUGGGAGGAGGGGGGCAGGGGGGGCGCUACUUGUACCCUGGCCCCCUGCGGAGACAGCUGGCGGGGCGGGGAGGUGCCCUCGGUAUGGAUCUGGGGGAGAGAGGGGAGGAUAUUGACCUGGAGGGCAUCGCCAUGGAGGUGACGGGCUACAUGAGUGACGGGGAUGUGCUGAGCAAGAACGCAGCGCGCCCUGAUGACGUCACGAGCGGCUACAUGACGGACGGCGGUCUGAGCCUGUACACGCGGCGACUCAACCGUCUACCUGACGGCAUGGCGGCGGUACGAGAGACCCUCCAACGCAACACCUCCACGGGCCAGGGAGACGCUGACAGCUGGGAUGACAGCAGCUCAGUGAGCAGUGGCGUCAGUGACACCGUCGACACAGAUGACAUCAACACCAGCUCCUCCAUCAGCUCCUACGCCAACACACCGGCCGCACAGCGCAAGGCCCUCAACGGACAGCCUGUAACGGAUGCUGAGAAGCACUCGGCCUCCACCACCCUGAACCCCGCCUGGUCAGGUGACGAGGUCAAGAGGUCAGACGGGUUGUCGGACAGUGAGGUCAGCAGGAUGGACCAGGGCUCCAAGUGGGCCCGCCGGAACCCCUCGGACGUGUCCGACGAGUCGGAUAAGGUGGGCCCGGGGCGUAGGACUCCCUCAAUGACACACACAGGGUCCUGGAAGGGGGGCAUGAGUGCUCAGGUGGGGGUGACCAGCCCCAGGACUAAAGCUACUGGAACGUCAGGGUCCGCUGUGAUAAAGACCCACAGCACAGGUAAAACAGAUGACGUCAAGGUGUCCGAGAAGGGCCGCCUCUCCCCUCGCUCCAACGGCCUCCGCCGCUCGCCCUCCGAUGCCGGGCGCAGCAGUGACGACGAGGCCAAGAGAAACACACCCUCUUCCACCUCCGCCGCUGCCUCCGCCCGCACGUCCCACACACACACCCUCACACACGCCCUGUCCGAACCCCACUCCCAGUCUCACACACUGACCUCACGCACCCCCACCAGCACAUUUGGCUUCAAGAAGCAGAGUUCCGGGAUGGUUACUAUGGUUACCACCAGUGGCGCCACCAUCACGAGCGGGUCAGCUACUCUUGGGAAAAUGCCCAAGUCCGGGACGAGAUCCUUAGCCGUUGGGAUAAAGGUCGGAGGUCAAGAUGUGGGGUCCGGUCUAGGUCACCAUGACGACGGGUACCUCCAGGUGAGCACCCGCUCCACACUGCAGUACCGGAGCCUCCCAAGACCCAGCCGGUCCGGCGGCGCCGCGCGUAACGGAAACCGGUCGUCGACCAGCAGCAUCGAAGCGGCUGUACUUUCCGUUACCACUCACAGUAAAAGCAGAGACAUGGGAAACACUGGGAAAAUGAAUGGAAGUGGGACUGGGGUCUCGCCAGCCAAUCAGACGGACCGAGAGAAGGGCGUGUCAGACGGCGUGGACAACCUGAGGGGAGGGGCUUCCACCGUACCUCUCACCGGGAGACAGCAGGUUGCCUCACCCACACUGCGCAGGUUGUUUGGUGGUAAGUCCAAUAAGCAGGUUCCGGUCACCACAGCAGAGAACAUGAAGAACUCAACGGUGAUCUCCAACCCUCACGCUACCCAUGCCGCUCUGGACUCCCCUGGGGGUGUAGGGGGGGAGAGUGAGGGCAGCAGCCCCCUGUACGGAGGACGGAACCUGAGCACGGGCCAUAACACGCUGGGUAGCGAACAGAGUGCGUCCAGCCCCGGCUCUGUCUACUCCUCCACGGGGCCCUCCAACAGCCUGACCUGGGGCACCACCAUGAGCACUGGCUCCUCUGCCCAGAGCAGGGAGGGUACCCUGGGUGGGCACAGCGGGCACGGUGGCGGGGCGGGAAGCCUGGGCUACCCCUCGGUCAGCAGCAUGCACACCAGCAGCGAGUCCAUCGACAUGAGCGUGAGCAGCGCUGGGCAUGGAGGAAGGGACAGCAGGGAGGACACCCUCUCAGCUCUGGGCAGGACCAGCAGCAUCAAGACGGGCAUGUCUGAGAGCCCCCUGUCCUCCCCCUCCGCUAGCCCUAAAUUCAACCGAAACACCUUACCUCGGAAACAGGAAAGGGGUCCACACAGUGAUAGAAACACUCUGCCCAGGAAGGGACUCAGGUAUGCCCCAUCGCCCCAGCUGCGAGGUCAUGAGGAGGCUGCGCGCGAUUGGCUGCGCUCCCAUUCGCAGGGUGGGCUGCAAGACUCGACCAGUAACUCCCCCUUCUCACCUGGAUCCAGCCUCACCUCACCCUCCGGGACACGCUUCAACUUCGCACAGCUCUGUACGACCCACGCGGGUAGCCCCACCACAGCUGCUCAGAUAAACCUGGCCAGCCUCCGGAACAACACUCUGACCAAUCAGGACAUCACCUUUGACCCCUGUGGUGACACCCGCCUGAGGAACUCCUGCGUGUCAUUGGACGAGAAGACGCGCACCAUGAGCCGCUCUGGUUCCUUCAGAGAUGGCUUUGAGGAGGUUCACGGCUCUUCCCUGUCUCUGGUCUCCAGUACCUCCUCUAUCUACUCUACGACUGAAGAGAAAUCCCAGUCAGAGAUCCGUAAGCUGCGUCGAGAGCUGGAUGCCUCCCAGGAAAAAGUCUCGGCCCUGACAACACAGCUGAGUGCUAAUGCUCACCUGGUGGCAGCGUUUGAACAGAGCCUGGGCAACAUGACCAUCAGACUGAAGAGUCUCAGUAUGACCGCUGAGCACAAGGACUGUGAGCUGAACGAGCUGAGGAAGAACAUUGAGCUGCUGAAGAAGCAGAACAACGUGGCCCAGGCUGCCAUAAACGGAGUCAUCAACACACCUGAACUCGCCUGCAAACAGAACAGGACAGGUUGUGGUGGUAGUAAUGGCAGCCCCCAGCAGCAGCAGCAGCAGCAGCAGCAGCAGCAGCCAGACCUACGGAUGAGGAGACAGCACUCGUCAGACAGCGUCAGCAGCAUUGCCAGUGCAACCAGCCACUCCAGUGUGGGAUCCAACAUGGACGCCGACGCUAAGAACAAGAAGAAGAACAAGAAGAACUGGUUGCGUAGCUCCUUCAAGCAGGCGUUCAGCAAGAAGAAGUCCCCUAAGUCUGCCUCGUCCCACUCUGACAUAGAGGAGAUGACGGACUCCUCCCUCCCCUCCUCCCCUAAACUCCCCCACAAUGGGUCCACAACCUCCAGCCACAUGCUCAGGAACUCGCACUCCAACUCACUGCUGUCGGACUGUCUGGACGGUGAGGCAGAGACGGUGAUGCAGCUCCGCAGCGAGCUCAGGGAGAAGGAGAUGAAGCUGACGGACAUCCGCCUUGAGGCUCUCAGCUCGGCCCAUCAACUGGACCAGCUCAGAGAGGCCAUGAACCACAUGCAGGGGGACAUAGAGAAAUUGAAGGCAGAGAAUGACCGUCUGAAGCUGGAGAGUACGGGGAGCAGCAGAGCCCCCUCCCAGGCCUCCAUCUCCUCUUCGCCCCCUCACCAUACACACACCCUUGCACCAGGGCCUGGCCUGUCCCAGCACAGCAUCAACCUCACCGAGUCCACCAGCCUGGACAUGUUGUUGGAUGAUACAGUGGGAGAUGGAGUGAUGAGGAAAGAGGGACGACACGUGAAGAUAGUGGUCAGUCUGGACGAGGACCUCUCCCAGGAGGCCAGGGCUCGCCACUUCCUGAUUGGCUGUAUCGGUGUGAGUGGUAAAACCAAGUGGGACGUCUUGGACGGGGUGGUCCGUCGCCUCUUCAAGGAGUACAUCACCCAUGUGGACCCAGUGAGCCAGCUGGGGCUGACAUGUGACAGUGUGGAGGGAUACAACAUUGGGGAUGUGCAUCGCCAUAGCAACACCGGCGUCUCUCACCCCCCCGAGCUGCUGCCCUGCGGCUACCUGGUUGGAGACAGCGACACCAUCAACAUCAGGCUCAAAGGUGUGAGCAGUGAGAGUGUGGACUGCCUGGUGUUUGACACCCUGAUCCCCAAGCCCAUGCUGCAGCGCUACGUGUCUCUGCUGAGGGAGCACCGCCGUGUCAUUCUCUCUGGCCCCAGCGGCACCGGUAAAACACACCUGGCCAACCGUCUGGCAAGACACCUGCUCCUGCAGGAGGGCCGACCCCUGACCCCUCACUCCGUCGUCACCUUCAACGUGGACCACAAGUCUAGCAAGGAAUUGCGUCAGUACCUGUCAGGCCUGGCUGAGCAGUGCAGCGGUGACAGACUAGAGGCAGAGAGCCCUCUAGUGGUCAUACUGGAUAAUCUGCACCACGUCUCCUCUCUGGGAGAGCUCUUCAACGGGGUGUUCAACUGCAAAUACCAAUGUUGUCCCUACAUCAUCGGUACUAUGAGCCAGGCCACAUCCUCCGCACCCAACCUACAACUCCACCACAACUUCAGAUGGGUGCUGUGUGCCAAUCACUUGGAGCCGGUGAAGGGCUUCCUGGGUCGCUACCUGAGGAGGAAGCUGAUCGAGACGGAGAUCGGCAGCCGCAAGCGCGUCCUGGAGCUGGUCAAGAUCAUCGACUGGAUCCCUCGCGUCUGGCACCACCUCAACCGCUUCCUAGAGGCACACAGCUCCUCUGACGUUACCAUCGGGCCACGCCUCUUCCUGUCGUGUCCCAUGGAUGUGGCUGGCUCCAGGGUGUGGUUCACUGACCUCUGGAACUACUCCAUCAUCCCCUACAUGCUGGAGGCAGUCAGAGAGGGACUGCAGCUGUACGGCCGUAGGUCAGCGUGGGAGGACCCAGCACUCUGGGUGAUUGACAGCUACCCCUGGUCAGCCACGCCCACACCUGCUGAUUGGCCCCCGCUGCUGCAGCUCCGCCCAGAAGACGUGGGCUUCGACGGUUACUCCGCCCCCAGGGAGGGCAUCAGGAAGGAGCCGUCGCAGAGUGACAGUGACGCAGACCCGCUGAUGAGUAUGCUAAUGAGGCUGAAGGAGGCAGCCACUUCUUCCAGCCCUCAGAGAUACGACAGCGACUCUAAUACCAACAGUCACCAACAUGACAUCCUGGACUCAACACUAGAGUCAACAUUGUGAGCGGACGACUCCUCCUUCCCAAGAAGACAAAAAAAAAAAUGCAUUCAGUUAACGUUUUUAUGUUCAGCCAAAUGCAACAUUUCUUUUGAAUGCGUUUUUCCAAGCUCAUGCCACAAAAAUCAAGCCACUCUAAUUGUCAUAUCAGGAACACUACGGGUGCAGGCAACCCAGAACGAGAGGAGAACUGAACAACAACAAAAAAGGAGCGAAACAGAAAGCUGCUGCUGCUCUGUUCUAUUUUUGCACCGUCGUGGCCAACCGCUCUCCAGCUACUCCUCAUGUACCGUUUAGACAAACAACUGACAGAAACCAGCGUUUUUUACACUGUGUAUGGAGCAUCAUCUCCAUCUUCGUUAUUUUCCUUAUCAGCAUCAGUACUGGGCUACAGAUAGCAUCAACUGGGCUACAGAUUGAGCUACAGGCCCUCUCCUCUGGAGCAUGGUGCUGGAGGUGUCAUCUUCGUCAUCUCCACAGAGACCAAAUUCACUGGUUCCCAAUGCCCCCCAGUGACACACACACACACACACCUAUCACCAUUCACCUGCCCCUACAUGUGACUCCUUUUGUCCCAAACAGGUCGCCGUAGCAUAAGCUUCUUCUCCAGAAGAAAAGUCUCUACUUUGGUGCUGGACUGAACUUUAAAAAGAUGCCUUACUUUUUUUUUGUAACAGACUAUGUGCAUAGGCAAAUUUUUUAAAUGUAGUCUUUUUGGCUGUGAACUUACAGGGCUUUAAAAGUCGACACUCUCUUUGCGUUGUGCCUCGGCAGGUGGGCUUGUAGAACUAUCCUCAUAUCAAACACCAAUGCCAUGUUAUUAAGAGGUUAUUAGGGCUUGAAUAGGGAAAGGGACUUGGGCUUUAAUGACAUGUCAUUCAUUGUAUUACUCCCAAUGCUGAGAAGUUUGUAAAAGUUUGAAUAUAACUUAUUAAGGACGACCACGUGAGAUAGAAAAGUACAUUUGGUUGGUGCUCAAAGUAAAGACUCAUUUUUUAAUGGAUAUGUCAUGGAUAUGGGGGGAGCGAUUAUUAAGGAAUUGUUUUAGUCUCUGUACCUCAUCUACCUUCUUUAUACACCCCUUUGCGCCUUUGCCGUGCUUGUCGUCUGUUUUGAUUAUACGAUGUGUAAUGAUUGUCGUCGUCAUGACAAAAUGUCGAGUGAACAUGUAACAACGUGUAUAAUCCUGUUUUGUUUUCAAGUCAUUUUUUUACUUGAGCUCAUGUUUUCAAGUCAUUUUUUUUACUUGAGCUCAUGUUUUCAAGUCAUUUUUUUACUUGAGCUCAUGUUUUAAAGUCAUUUUUUUACUUGAGCUCAUGUUUUAAAGUCAUUUUUUUACUUGAGCUCAUGUUUUAAAGUCAUUUUUUUACUUGAGCUCAUGUUUUAAAGUCAUUUUUUUACUUGAGCUCAUGUUUUAAAGGUACAAAAUGAGAGAGUACAAAAUGGGAGUGUGUUUUUUUUUGGUCCGAUAGUUAUUUGUUUCCAGCAUCGCUUCCGUUAUCUUUCAAUGUUUUGGGUGUUUCUUAGUCAUCAAUCCUAUGCAACAUUCAUUUUGAACUCAAAAAUUGAAGCCAAGCCUUAAGGUCAGUUCUUUGAGGUUUUUCAGCACUGCCAAGAGAUGUACAGCAAGCGAAAGAUUUUGUGAAUCAUUUUUGGGGAGCUGGUACAGUCUUUGUUCAUUUACAUAAUGAAAUCAAAGUUGUGUCUGUACGCUUGGAGGGGGUCUCUUGUCAUAGUCAAUGCAAGCACACAAAAAAAAACGGAUACGUAAUGUGUUUGUCAGUCUGUAUAUCCACUUGCGAAAACCCUGCUCGCUUUGAGAGGUUUGGAUGGUUGAAAUGGAUGUCGCUGUUGAAUUCACAUGUUCUUAAAUCUCAAUGAAUGUGUAGCAUUCUGUGCUAUGUAAAUAUAUAUAUAUAUGUAACAUAAGUGUAAAUACUUGAUUACCUUGUGACAUUUUGAUGACUUUUCUAACCAAUUUGUAACUACUUGAACAUCAGUAUUUUGUGUACAGUCUCUUUUGCAUCAGAGCAGGCGUGUGGAGUUUAUCAUCAAUGUUCUCUCCAGAGCUUGGAGAACUGAUUCUGAAGAUCACUGUACUAGUCUUAAGUUAUUUGUGAUUCAAUAAAAAAAACAUGGUUAUUUAUUAA